GUUCUCUUUCAUUGGUUGAAUAUGAAAUAUAUCUGGAGCUACACAAUUUGUCUUAUGUAACAAGAAAUUACACUAAUGUCUCUACUCUUACCACCACCACAUUAACAAAUAAUCAGUCAUUGCCUUGGGGCAAGUCUACUCCUACCACCACAUCUUCUACUUCCACCACCAUGCUCUAUUGUUAG